AUGGGAUCACAUAAUUUACCUUCGCCGCCGGCGGAGGAGGGCAAGCAGGGCAGAAAGUCAUCGUCGACGUCGAGCAGCAGCAAAUCCACCAAGCCCUCCAAUCGGGCCUCCAAGCGCGCCAACUCGGGCGUCGCCGCCGCUCACCACCACGACCACGUCACCCACGCCGCCGGCAUGGACGGCCGACAUAAGCGCGUAUGGAAGGCCUGCGAGCGGUGUAGAAUGAAGAAGACCAAGUGCGAUGGCGAGUUCCCGUGUAAGCGGUGCAAGGACGACGGCGUCGUCUGCACAGCGGGCGUCCGCAAAAAGGUCGAGUACAAGCAAUUGCCCAAGGGCUACGCCGAGGUGCUCGAGAACACGCAGUUCGCCCUCAUCGCCACCGUCCACAAGCUCUACUCCAUGGUCCGCAACUCGCAGCCCUGGACACUGGGCGAGCCCGAGCUCAACGACCGCGGCCAGCCCGUGAUCCACAACAUCGCCCAGAAGCUCGGGUGCAUCCGCCCCAACAGCGACAUCGACCUGCCCGUGCACUCCGUCUUCCCCGAGGACGAGGCCGGCAUGGUCGAGCUCGCCCGCCAGCUCGAGGAGCAGCAGCAGAACCAGCCAUCCACGCAACAGGCCUCCCAGCAGCAGGACCGCCACGACCGCGCUUCGUCCUCUGAGUUUGAGCACUCAGAUAGCGAGCAGGACUACCGCUUCGGCGGCAUCUCGCAAAACUACCGCAGCGAGGCGUUUGGCGGCCGCCACGGCGCCAGCAGCAGCCUGACUAUGUCGCCGCACUCGGCCGGCACGACGGCGACCGACUACGAGCUGAGCCCGACGACCGACAUCGACACGGGCGCCUUCUUCCCCUCGCAGCCGCAGAGCUCGCAGAGCUUCCAGGUCUGGUCCGGCCUGCCGCCCAGCAGCAAGCCGGGCGACCUGAGCCUCGAGUUCUUCCAGGGCGGGCUGCAGGGCCUCAACGUCCUGAACCAGGGCCUCGUCGACGGCGACUACGGCAUCAAGCCCGACAUCCUGUCGGUGCAGAACCCGGACGUCAUGAUGGGCAUCAACGACCCCAUGAUCUACGCCGGCUUCGACGGCGAGGCCAUGCGGCUAUAA